AUGGGCAAAUUGGAUCUAUCGAUAUUAGUUUUAUUUAUUAGUCUAAGUUACAACGCACAAUGUCAAUUAAUCGACGAUUCAAUUCAUUUCACAGUGAAGUUUACAAACGAUCAAAGUAAAAUCAAAUUAGCCGAUAGAAAACCAGAAGAAUUAACUGAUGAAGAUGAUGUAGUUCCAUUGGUUUCUAAAAACGGCGAGAAAUUCCUUUGUCAGAUUCCGCAUAUUGAACAUGAGGUAAGAAAUCGAAAACAUAUGUUCAUUAGUUUUUUUAUUUCUUCAGGAAGAGAAAAGUGAAGAAUAUACUGGUGAAUCUCCUCAAGAAAUUCUUGAAAAACAACUUUAUAAAAGCGAUGCUUGUUCAUAUCUCGUUGAUACUUAUUGGUCUUAUAUGGUUUGUCAUGGAAGAUAUAUUACACAAUUUCACGACGAUAAAAAUUCUUUGAAUAACUUGGCAAGAACUGAAUAUUAUUUGGGAAAUUAUCAUGUCGAAUAUCCAAAAUCUGUAAGUUUUUUUCGAUGAAUUAAAAAUAUAUCUUCUUGUUUUCAAAAUUUAUCAUUUCAGAAGUCUGAUAUUUUACAUCCAAAGAAAAGAAUGAUUGAAAAUGAAAAUUAUCCAAUCUACACAGCUCAUUAUAAUAGAGGAACAAGUUGUGAUUUGACAGGAAAACCAAGAACAACUGAUGUUAUUUAUAUUUGUGUUCCAAAUAUGCAACAUAAAAUUCUAUCAGUUACUGAAGUCGCAUCUUGUCAUUAUGAGGUGAUUUUUCUAUUUCAUAAAAAUUGAAUCACAAAACAAUUCUUUUUUUCAGAUUAUUAUAAUGACACAUAUUUUGUGCAAACAUCCUUCAUAUACAUUGAAUGAAAACAAAGAUCAUGAAAUUGUUUGUUGGAAUACAGAAGCAAAUUCUGAAGAAACAGCUCCGCCAAAAGCUCUUCAAAAUUUGAAUGAAUAUCAUGAUACUACUUUUAAAAGAGAAUAUACAAUCAAUCCAGAUAAUUAUAUCAAUAAUGAACAUAUUGAUUCAAUUGUCGAUGUUGAAAAAGUGACAAUUGAGACAUUGGAACGAGCAAAACAAGUGAAAACACCAGAAUUGAAAUUAGCUGGUGAAAAAAGAUAUGAAAACAAGGAUACAUUGGCAAAUAAUCCAUUAGUCGUUGAUCAUACUGUAAAUAGUAUUUUAACUGGAGAAGAAUGUAUUGUAGGAGGACAAGGAUGGUGGAAAUAUGAAUUUUGUUAUGGAAAACAAGUUGUACAAUUUCAUGAAGAAGCAAAUGGAAAUAGAUUGGAUAUUGUUUUGGGAGUUUUUGAUGAAACUAUUCAUAAAUUGUGGGUGGAAGAAGUUCCAUUAAUGAGAAAACCGAAAAAGAAUGGAAACCAUGUGUCACAAAUCUCGCAUUUAUAUUCAAAAGGUGAUCUUUGUGAUGAAACCGGAGCUCAUCGGAGUGUUGAAGUUCGUCUUCGAUGUCAACCAGCAGAACAUAGUGCACUUGCUAUUUCAUUAACACUCAGCGAACCACGAACUUGCCAUUAUAUUUUGACAAUUGAUAGUGAAAGGUAAAUUAACUCCGAGAUAUUUCGACUAUGAGAAAACAUCAAUUUUUUAGAUUCUGUGAACCUCUCCAAUAUUCUGAUGAUUUUGGAAUGAUUCGACUCGAAAAAAAGACCGCAGCAGAUAAAAUGGCACCAAAAGAUAAAGAAGAAAUAGAGUUAGAUCCGGAAGAUGAACAAGAAGAAGAAGAAGAAGACGAUGAUACGGAAGAAAAUGAAGAAAAAGAGGUAGAAGAGAAGGCAAUUAAGAAUGAAAAAGAUAUAGAAACAGAACUGUAAUUUUGGUAUGGGUUAGUCAAUUAUGUGAUUAUUCUUACGGGAUUUUAAAGGUUUUCAUCUGUAUCAUAUUUUUAUUUAUUUAUUGUGUUUUCACUUCUUUUCAAUUGUCUCAAUAUAAUAAUCAGAUUUUUUAUUGAUUGCUCUGCUUUUAUAAAAAUUCAUUCAUUUCCCAUUCCUUCUUUAUGUGUUGUCAUUAAUGGGUUCCCUUUUUCCCAUUUUAUUAUUUAUCGUCGCUUAUGAUGUAUUAUGUGUAAACACCAUACCAUAAUAGCGUCAGUUUGAAUAUUUGUGUGUGGUGUGUGCUUUCUUAUAUUAUUCCUAUUAUUUUACAGAUUAAAAGAAGAAGAUGGGGUCGAUUAUGAAAAUGUUCAAAACGAACAAAAAGCAGAGCGGAAAUAAAGAAAAUCAACCCGUGAGUUUAUUUUUUUUCUUUAUUGAAAAAAAUUUUGAAUUCACCUUUAAUUGUUAGUCAACAACAAAAAAAACAUUUUCAGUCUGUCUCAUUCAACACAAACUCAUUAAAAUCGACCAAGUCAAAUUUAUCCGGUAAUAUUUAUGUCGGAGAUCCGCCACCAACUUCUUCUCUAAUUGGAAAAAAUGUGGAUCAUCGUCUCAAAAGCCCAUAUGCUGUUAUAACUGCUCCAAAAACUACAAGAGGACCAAGAAGUUGUCCAGGUGCACCAAUGGAAACAUCAAUGUUAAUGGAUAGAAAGAAUGUUAUGCAACAACAAAAAAAGCAGCAAAAAGUUCGAGAUGAUUCUGCGAUGUAAGUUUUUUGGAAUAAUUUCUUCGGGAUCCUAAAGUAAGCCUGUCCUAAGUUAAGAAUUCUUACUCCUAUUAGUCAUAAUUUCACAAUUACUUAAUUUUUUUCAGAAAUGAGAUUGCUUAUCGCAAUAUGAUUGCAAGACAACAAUAUGAUAUGACAAGUUAUGAAUCUGAUGAAGAUGAAAUUUAUGAGGCAAGAAUCAGAACAAUGGAAGCAAGAAAUGCUCAUCUCGAAAAUAAACUGAAGAAAAUGCACAGAAGAAUGAAUGACGAACGAUCUACAAUGACACAACAAAUUGCAAUUUUACAAGAAGAAAAUUAUAGAUUGAAGUGAGUUUUUGUUUGAAAAAUUUCAUAAUUCAAACAUUGUUUUGUUUUAGAAAAAAUCAUGAUCGUAUGCAUCGACAAUAUUCACAUUUAAAACAACAAAUUGAAAUCGAACGAAAACAAAAAAGUGAUCUAUUGAAAAUGUUACACGAUGCAAACAAUAAAAUAGCAAUGUUUGAAGCGGGUUGUGAUGAAAAUGAGAAUGAUGAAAGUGUGAAUACAAGUUCAUUACUUUGUCCAUAUUCAAAUAAUACAAUGGAAAGAAGUUCGGAAGGAGCUGGAGAAGCAUUGUGUUUCCCAGAAUCUUCGCAGAAUUUUGGAAUGUUUCCUGGAAUGACAAUUAUUAAUAGUAUGCCAAAUUCGAUGAAAGAUGAUAUGGAUACACAAGAUGAAGUUCGAAUUUUUAGAACUUCAAUGGAAGAAAAUAGUUCGCCGAUUGAAAUGGCAAGAAGAGAAUUAUCACCAUUCGAAGAAAUGAAACAACUUAUUAAUAGAGGAGCACAAAUAACUCGAUCACAUUCGGACACUGAUCUCGCAAAAAUCGAUGAAAAAUGUUUUGAAUUGGAAGAAGAACCAGAAAAACCACAAUAUGUUAGAAAAUCCAGUUGGCUUAAGGUAUUUGAAAAUAGUUUAGGAAAAAGUGAAAAUCUAAUUAUUUCAGAAAAAUUCCCGAUGCGAAGAAGAUAUGUCAACUUCUGAUUCGGAUGAAGAACGAGCUAAUUUGAUCGAGAAACAACUCAAGAAAAAAGGAGGAUUAGUUAAAUUCAAUCCACCAAGACAAACUAUUCAAGCAAAACAUUAUAAACGGUAUGUUUUUAAUUUUUUUUUUUUUGAAAAAUGCAAUUAUUAUUUUGGUAAUUUUUUUCCAAUUUCUGUUGAAAUUGGAGAUUCCAAAACAUUCUCUAACUAAAGAUAAAAUGAACUUACAGAUUCGGUAAAAUGGAACGAACAGCAUUAGCGGAUUUUGAUUAUCUUCAAGAUAUGUCAACUGAUGUUUCUGGAAUGAUGUCUAGUCCCGAAGUCAAUCAAUUAGCUCAAGCAAUGUCUUCCAACACAUUUCCUUCUCGCCAUCAUUUCUAG